AUGGACCCUGAUUUGGACCCUUUUGAUGAUAUACUUCCUAAGCCUGCUUUGACUAAUGCUAGGGCAGGUGGGAAGUUUCAACCCAAGGCCAAACUGCGGCCGAAAAAGACAUCAUCUCUACCGAUUCCUUCAAUCCCUCCAAGCAAUGCCAAGGAAAAGGCUGUUACAGCAUCGCAAACUAGCUUGGACACAGCAAAUUCUGUUCAGCCUGUUGAUAUUAUGGAUGAGAAAUUGAGAGGUCAAAAUGGUUUGUUGUCUCCAUCAGCACCAAUUGGGACUAAGGAACCCUUGGAAAACAAUGAUGAAAAAACAAAAUUGGUUGCAGAGUCCGGAAAUCCUUUGGCCCAACUUGUAGCUGGGAGUGGUGAUAGUGAAUUGAGAGAUCCAUUAUGUUCGUCCUUAGCUGCCUCUGGCGUGGUUGGGGUCAAAGAACCUCAGAAAGAUAAUGAAGGUUUGUUCUUUUGCGAAAUAGGAAGUUUGGAGGCAGCAAACCUCUCCCCUGUUAGGAGAAAUGAUGUGGGCUCUGUUGGUGCUAUGGAAUCAGAUGCUACAAUGUCUGAUUGCAAUGGUGACCAGAAAUCUAGCUUUGUGAAAUUGGCAGGAGAGGCAGGCUCAUUGGGGUUGGAUUCAGAUCUACUGGAUGAUAUUCUUCCCAAACCUCUCAAAAUUAAUUCUAGGGCUGGUGGGAAGUUCAAGCCUAAGGCUAAACCUCAGCAAAGAAAUGAAAAUCUAGUACCUGUCUCUUCAUCUCCAUCUAAAUGCACUGAGGGAGAACCUGAGACACAUUCUCUAAAAACACAAUCUGCAGAGGCUGUUGAUGUUCCAAAUACAAGAAUGAGUCCAGUUGGUCCACCUUUACUUAAGGAGGGCAAUAUUGAGAGUAAUGAGCCAUCAAAAGACAGCGAAGUUUCAUAUGCCAGUGACAACAGUUGCUUGGGAUUAGUCAACCCCACAUCUGAAAAAAUUGCAACUGAAGAGGGUGUGAGCCCCCAAAAUACUCAGCUUGCUGAGGUGAAGGCUGGAAAUUAUGUUGGCCUACAUUCUAGGUUUGGAGAAUCUGCCAUGGAGGUUGGUUCAAUGAGGUUAGAUUUGGACGCCUUUGAUUAUAUGGACCCUAUACCAGCCAUAUCAACUGGGAGGGCUGGCGGCAAGUUUCAACCGAAGGCAAAGGCCCAGCCUAGGAAGGAAACAUCUGAGUUAGUUGCUUCUGCUGUUCUCAAUACUGCAGUCGAAAAAGUGGCGGGUCUAACUUCCACUGUCUGGGAUAAAAUGCUGCCCAUUGAAUCUUCUGGCGUUGAAGAUGGUAGUCUGAUCUGUCCUGUUGAUGAACCUAUUAUGGAGACUACCAAAGAGCCAGGGAGAAACAAUAGGGAGGUUCUUUCUCCUCCAGAGAUUUUAGCUACUGUCUCCGGUGAAAAGGAUACAAAAGGAAAAUCCAUCUUUCCUAUGCGAAAUUCUGUUGAUUCUUCAGCAUUUAUGAAACAUGAUGUGGUGGCGACGGAUUCUGUUAGUCCUAAUGAAGCUGCUGUUCAGUUUGAUAAUGGAAGAUCAGAAUUAGAGGAAUCAGGGGUAUUUCCUGACUUGGAAACUCGAGGUUUUUUGCCCCCAGAUGCCAUGGAGUUUGUUAUGCCUUCACCACCAAAUGUUCAGCUUAUUCCUUCUGAAACCAUAAACAUUGAUGGGUGUUCAGUUGCUGCCUUCCCAUCUGAUAAUAUUGAAGAUUCCUCAUCUGUUCGCUUAGGUGAUUUUAUUCCUCCAAAUCCUUGUACUUCUGAGAUUCGAAUAGAUCAAGAACCAAAAAACCUCACAGAAACUUACUCAGAUAAUGUGUUUGCUAUCCAUCAAGAGGAUGUCUCUGCUGUGCCAGAAAAGGAGGCUUCUAGUAGUAGAAAGGUAAAAGCUGCCUCAGCAUCAUAUAGUUCUCAGAAGUCCCAAAAAGCUUCCUCAGCUGGUGACAUGAAUGAAAGCGACAAAUCAUCAACGCGGCCAAGAAUGCAGGCAGCUGCCCCUCAAAUUGGUGAUGAGCCAGAAGAUGAAGCUCAUCACAAUGGUGGCUUCCCAUCAGACAUUAUUGAUGAUGACUCAUCCAUUCGCUUAGGCAAUUUUAUUCCUGUAGAUCCCUGUACCUCUGAGUUUCAAGUGGAUCAAAAUCAGAAAGACUUUACAGAAAGCAAUUGCUCAGCAAAUGCAAAUGUUGCGCACUCAGAGGAUGUUCCUAUAGUGCCUGAAAAGGAGAGUUCUAAGAUUGGAAAAAGGAAGGUUAGUUCAGCAUCAAAUUGUUCCCUGAAGUCCAAAAAAUCGGCCUUGCCUGGUGAUGUGAAUAAAGGUAAAAAAUCAUCGAGGCAGCUGAGAAAGCAGGCAGCUGGCCCUCAAGUUGUUGAUGAACCAGAGGAUGAAGUUCAUGAUAACAGUGGGUUACCUGCUGAACCUCCUAGUAGUUCUGUUGAUGAAGAAGAUAAUGAUUAUGAACCUAGAGGGGAUGAAGAGAGUGAUGGUGAAUACAGGGUGGAAACUACAUCUCGAAAGAAACGAACUUCAAAAAAAACAAAGGAACCAGCAUCUGAAAAAGAAAAACCAGUUCGAAAGCGCAAGAGAUCCAAUGACACUCCGGAACAGUCUACACAAGAACCCCGCAAGAAAUUUUCUCAUUCGACUCGUCGAAACAAAAGAUGUGUAAAUAAGGAUUUGCUUAACAUGCCAGAGGAUGAAAUUGAUUUCAAGAGAUUGCCUAUCAGGGACAUCAUUUUAUUUGCAGAGUAUAAAGAGCGCUUGGCAAUGAAAGAGGCAGCAGCAUCAAAAACUAGCCCAAACAAUCAAAGCACUGACAAUCCAUUUCACGGGGAAUAUUCUCAUAAUGAAGAGGAUGGAUUUGCUUCGGAGCAAGACAGAACCAAUGAUGAUGACCAGACAUAUGUUAGGGCUCAACCAAGUUCAUCUUUAUUCAACCACCAGUCUUUCAUGGACCGAGCACCCAAUUCAAGAUGGUCAAAGCAAGACACAGAGUUGUUUUAUGAGAAAGUUGACAAUUUUGAAAACUUGCCAAGUGGAUACAACUUCAUCAGAGUGCCAAGGCAAAGUUUUCCCUGUGCUGUGCGUUAUCGUGUCUGGUUGGGAAUUCGACAAUUUGGGACUGAUUUAUCCAUGAUACAACAACUUUUUCCUGGACGAACACGUCAUCAAGUCAAGUUAAAAUAUAAAAAGGAAGAGCGUCAGUACCCAUUGAGGCUCCAUGAAGCUCUGAGCAGUCGUCCCAAAGAUCAUUCAUAUUUUGAAAAGUUAAUUGAGCAGCUUCAAGAAGUUGCUGCUACUCAGGAAGGACAAGAGUCUUACAAAGAUGACCUAGUUGACGUGUCGGGCGAGGAGGCUACAGAGUUGAAUGCUGAAACUAAUGAUGAAGUGACAAAACCCGAGCAGGAUGAGGAUGUAGGAGUUGAAGAAGAACAGGAAGAGAAAGUUGCUGAAGAGCACCAUGGUCCACUGAAAUCUGGUGAUAGUGAUGAGGAUGUAGAUAUAUGGAGUUCAUAUAGAAGUGAAUUCUAG